AUGUUCCGAAAUCAGUACGAUCAUGAUGUCAGCAUUUGGAGUCCACAGGGUCGUAUUUAUCAAAUUGAAUAUGCAAUGGAAGCGGUAAAACAAGGUGCUGCUACGGUUGCUCUGAAAUCCAAAACUCAUGUUGUUUUAUGUGCUUUAAAACGAGCACCAUCCGAAUUAUCAGCACAUCAGAAAAAAAUCAUGUUCAUCGAUGAUCAUAUUGGAGUAUCAAUAGCUGGGUUAGCGUCUGAUGCACGCAUAUUAUGUCGUUUCAUGCGUACUGAAUGUAUAAACCAUCAAUAUGCAUUUGAUAAACCAAUGCCUGUAACAAAAUUAAUGGAUAAUGUUAGCAAUAAAUGUCAGGUACCAACACAACGUUAUGGAAGACGCCCGUUUGGUGUUGGAUUUCUAAUGGCUGGUUAUGAUGAGAAGGGUACUCAUUUAUACCAGUUGUGUCCAUCGGCAAAUUAUUAUUCAUGUAAAUCAAUGGCUAUUGGUUCACGUUCACAGUCAGCACGAACGUAUCUAGAAAAAAACUUAGAUAAAUUUGUCGAUUCAAAUCAAGAUGAACUAAUUAAACAUUGUAUGCGUGCACUAAGAGAUACAUUACCGAAUGAAGUUGAGCUAACUGCUAAAAAUUGUGCUGUCGCUAUUGUUGGAAAAGACUGUCCAUUUGAACUUUUGAAAGAUGAACGUGUUGGAACAUAUUUAACAGCAAUCGAAGGUGACGAACGUGCUCCACAAGUCGGUCAAGAUGAUACAUUGCCAAGUUAUGAUGAUGAUUUACCACCUCCACCACCGCCUCCUAGUGAUCCAAGAACCAUUGUAGCAACUGAGCGAAUGGAAACUUGA